AUGUACGAGGAAAUGGGUUCUAUGACUGAUGACAUUCCGCGACGCUGCUCGCUUCCUUCUUUGAAAUCAACAACCUCUACCAUGACCAAUGCCAGCUUGGGCGAGGACCGCCGCCUGCCUCCCCUGCCGCGGAUGGAUCCUUUGCCCCGUGGUCCCUUCAAUCCUUUCCACAACAAGGAUACCUUUGCUCCAACCACCCCGGGAGCUCAAGAAUCAAUCCAAUUCAAGUCUCCUUGGUCUGGUGAUCAGAUCAUUGCACCUCCCUCGCCGGCCAACUCCGCCGAAAGCUCCUGGCAGGAAUCCUUUGCAGCUCAAAAGACUACCUCCACUGAAUGGCCCACCGAUCUCUCCCAGCCCGAGAUCAUGGCGCUGAUCGCGCCUCAAAACAUCAACCGCAAGGCCCCUCUCCAGCAGCUCUGCGGACGCAAGCGCAAGGGAAGUACCAUCUCUCCCGACCCCGACGACCAGCGCGAGAAGCACCGCAUCGCCGAGGGCAACCGCCGCAAGAACCUCAGCCAGCUGCACCGCGAGCUGGACAGCCGUAUCCACGACUUCUUCCUGGAGCGCGCAGGCUGGAACCCAUCCAAGAGCCUGCCUCAAUCCAAGGAACACAUCGUCCAGGGCGCCGUCUACCUGAUCGACUUCAUGCUAGCGAUCAUCGUCCACCUGAUCCGCCAGGAACAAGUCUCCCCCCAACUCUCCGAAAAGCUGCAGCCCCAAGUCCGCUGCAUGCAACUGCAGCAACUAGUGACCUCCCUCCAACAACAAAACCAAACCACCCAACAACAACUCCGCGCCGCCAAGGCCGAAAACGACCUCCUAGCCGAUCGCAACCGCGCCCUCGAAUUCCAACUCAAAUCUUACGAGCAAAUGUUCCGCUCGCCCAAGCCUGAAGCCACCACCCCGUCGCUGAUCGAGGUCCCUGAACACAAGCGCCAGAAGAAGGCCCUCCCGGGCCUGCGCGUCUUCUGCGAUGAGAUCGGCGCUAGUAUCGCCCGUGACCCUUCGCAGAUGCAUUACCAGCAUCAUGACGCCCUGCCCAGCGCCACAUCGCAGUCUUUCGGUAGUUCCUACCUCAGUUCAACGCCACCCAUCACCGGCCCUUCAUCCCCUGCGUUCCCUCCAUCACAGAGUUCCUCAUUCACCUUUUCUGCUUCGCGCCGACAGUCCCUGCUUGGCUCACCAUAA